AUGAGGAAUCGAUCAGACUUUCUGAAAGGAGUGAGGAACAAGGAACGAGAUGGUGGCGAAACAGGAAUAAGGGAAAAGAUGUCGUCGGGAUUGUGGCGAAACUAUCAAAACUCUCUGAAACUCCGAAAGACAAAAAGUUUCGAAGUUGAGGGAGGAAACAAGAAGAUAUGUUGUAGUUACCGAAACAAUGAAAGGCUUGUGUUUCAUCAGAUUGAGGUCACUGAUCCUGUGAAGAAGAACGACUUCUACUCUGGAAGUCAACAAGAGAAUCCCCUUCCUGAACUCGGAUCAUCGCAACUCCCUCUCUUUAGCACCCAAAAUACUAAAACAUCAAGCUUCUGUGAAGACUCACCUACCCAACGCAAAGAAAGAAAGAAAUGGGAGCCCUCUGAUGAUCUAGUGCUCAUUAGCGCCUGGUUAAACACCAGCAAGGAUGCUAUCAUAAGCAAUGAGCAGAAAGCAGGAACUUUCUGGAGCCGCAUUGCAGCUUACUAUUCAGCAAGUCGAAAGGUGAGGAGAGGUGAUAAGCGAGAACCUCUUCAGUGUAAGCAAAGGUGGCAGAAGAUGAACGAUCUUGUGUGCAAGUUCUGUGAAUGCUAUACGGCUGCAACAAGACAGAAAACAAGUGGUCAGAGUGAGAGUGAUCUUAAGUUUAACCUUCACCAUGCUUGGGAGGAGCUCCGUUAUGACCAGAAAUGGUGUGAGCAGGCUAAUACUAAGAUGGGUGGAAACGCUAGGAAGAGAAAGUGUGAGGAUGGAUCGGAAACAGCACGCUCUCAAGCUACUAUCAAUCUGGAUGACCAACCUACCAAAUGUCCAGCUGGUGUUAAGGCUUCUAAAGCCACUUCUGCAAAGAAACCAAUAGAAGAUAAGGAGGCUGCGGCUAAGUUUCAGGCCAUGUGCUCUAUUAAAGAGAAAGACUUAGCCCUGAAAGAGAAAGUUUUGAAAAUGAGUCUGCUUGACAGUCUCAUUUCUAAACAAGAGCCACUUUCUGAAAAAGAAGAAGCACUAAAGGCUAAGCUUCUUACAGAGAUGCUCGAUAACUAG